AUCUGGAAAUCUAGCAUCUUCUGUAAGUUUAUCAAACUGUGGAAUAGCUACCUAAUAGCCUUCAGAGUACUACAAAUGGAUUUCCCCAAGAAAUAGAUGACUUGAUCGUCUGAAGCAGAAAGAGGUCAUGAAACCGUCACUCUCAUGCUUUUCCUAAGGAAGAAACAUAAACGCUCAAGAUGGGAAGUAACAGUACACACAGUACGAGGGCCAAGUGCACCGAUUUGCACAUGUCAUUUCAGUACUCCCUCUAUGCGACCACCUACAUUAUCAUCUUCAUCCCUGGUCUUCUGGCCAACAGUGCAGCCUUGUGGGUUCUCUGCCGCUUCAUCAGCAAGAGAAACAAAGCCAUCAUUUUCAUGAUCAACCUCUCUGUGGCUGACCUUGCUCACGUGCUGUCUUUACCCCUCCGGAUCUACUAUUACAUCAGCCACCACUGGCCUUUCCAGAGGGCCCUGUGCCUGCUGUGCUUCUAUUUGAAGUAUCUCAACAUGUAUGCCAGCAUUUGCUUCCUGACAUGCAUUAGCCUUCAGAGGUGCCUCUUUCUCCUCAAGCCAUUCAGGGCCAGGAACUGGAAGCGUAGGUAUGAUGUGGGCAUCAGUGCUGCCAUCUGGGUCGUCGUGGGGACUGCCUGUUUGCCACUUCCCAUUUUGAGAGGCGCUGGGUUAGGCGACCACAGUGAAUCCUGCUUUGCUGAUUUAGGUCUUUACCAUAUUAACUUGGCUUCCUCCAUUGGCAUGGUAACUGCUGCUGAACUUGGAGGGUUUGUGUUGCCUGUUGCAAUCAUUACUUAUUGUACAUGGAAAACAAGAAAAUCUUUGCAAGAAUCCCAAGUUCCACCUCAGAAUACCAAAGAGAGGAAAAAGGCUUUGAGAAUGGUCCUGAUGUGUGCAGUGGUGUUUGUUGUAUGUUUUACUCCUUACCAUCUCAACUUCCCAUUCUUUAUGAUGGCGAAGCAAUAUGUCUUCUCAAACUGUUCCUUUAUCAAGAGCACCCUGGGUUUCCACAUCAUUUCACUGUGUCUCGCAAAUCUGAAUUGUUGUCUUGAUCCGGUUAUAUAUUAUUUUAUGACCUCAGAAUUUCGUGAUCAAUUUUCAGAACACGGUGGCUUGGUUCUUCAGUCGUGUGUGAGAUGUAAGGACAGAGCUUUGGAAAUUCGUCAGAGAAAGGAGGAUCUUCAAUCAAUCUCUCUUGACUGUUUGGAUGACUCCAAUACAAUGUAAUCACAUAAUUAGCAAGAAAAAUCUUUAUGCUCUAUCAGUGUAGUUAUAUCAUUCUUAAGAUUUUUCUUGAAAAUGAUGUUGCUAGAGUGUGUUAAGGAAACAUGACCCACUCUCCACACCAUCAAAAUGAUCCUUUGAAGGAAUUACCGAUGCCGAUAUCAUGUCUAAAUGGAAAUACAUUUUUCUAUAGACUUAGUGACCAAAUUUAUUUCAUACUUACUGGGAUGAGCAACAUCCCACUUC